UGAUGAAGCGCUACCAAAGGCCAUCGUCGGCAACAAUUUACACAGCCUCAAUUGAGUACUGAUAUCUGAUACCCGCAAGCGACACCGUCUAUCUCUCUCUUCCCUUCCCUCUCUCUGAGAGUCUGAUGUGGCCCCCCCAGGAAUGCAACUGGACGCUGAGCUAUGCCUUGUUCGGCGGUCGAACCUUCAACCCAACUCACAUGGAGGCAUCAAGGCCAGAGUCCAUAGCGCCGCGCGGCGUGUGUUGAACGAACCUGGAGCGUUUAUUAUAAGUAUGGGAGAUCCAAGAGAAGGAUCCGGGACGCCCAAAGCAAGGUCACCUCCCAUGCUGCCUGCAGCCGUCCUUAUCGGAUAUAUCAUCUUCGAGCUUUAUAUAUGCUCAUGCAUUUUAAAGUCCGACGUUUUCUCAAUGUGUGUGACAACAAUUCAUCGCUAAGCAAACAUAAGAACAACCGUCCAGGACUUGCCAACCAGGAUGUUGCACAUCCAGCGAGCAUGCAUGGGCUCCCGCAUACGUGGAGACAAGGGUUCUUAAGGGCUGAUAAGUCUCCCUCAGAAACGAUAUAAGGCUCGUUUCAGAACGGAUCUCGCCCUCAUCCCACUGACUGCCCAUGAUUAUUCUGGAAUGCGCCUAAUCAUAUCGCUCCCUCGCUCUGCAGCCCAUCCUGAACUCCCCAAAUUACCUAAGCUUGGCCUGGGAUCCGCACUAGAACAAAACAAGUUUGGCGCCUCGCCUCCUUCCCGCCUGUUUCACCUUGAAGUGCCACCGCGCGUGUCGCCUUCCCCAUCCGUCGCGUUUACGCUUCCGCUC